CUGGGAGGCACUUCUUUGCUAAUAGUGUGACAUCAACGUGACACGGUACAUACGCGACCGGUAGCUCUGAUAAAAGAUUUCUAGUAAUGUUUAAUGCAGUGUUCAGCUGAUAGUCGCGAUCGACGGUUGGGAAAACCUCUGGAAAUUGAAAAUUUCGAAACUCUCAACACUUCAACCGAUAUUGUUCUUGGGUCCACAUUUGAGGUGAUUAGUGUACUGAAAUGGAAAAGUGAUUUGCAAUUGAAAAUGCUUUUUGGUGCAUUGUCAAUGACUUGGGUCGUACGUUUGUUGGUUUAGUACGAUAAUAGCGUCUUGCACUUUCAGUAGAACCUCCAGUUGGAGAUUCCAAUCUGUUUACAGUUCACGACGGUUAAAUUGUACUUUGAAAUUCGAGAUAGAUAGUGUGCAUUCAAAGUUCUCCAAUCUGUGAUGGUGUAUAGUGAGUUUGGUGCGGAUCCGUGCAAGACUAACGAUUUAACAUUAUCGAGUAUGGACUACUGAGGAUAAAGGAUCAUCAAUGGUGUUCGAAACACCUCGCUAUCUUCCUCGUUCAGAUUCAUGAACGAGCUGAACAGAUACUCGCACCGCGGCCGCUACCUAAAUUGGAUUACUCCAAUAGUGUAAUUGACGGGGUGAAUUCAAGUGCUUGAGCAAUUUGGCAGUUAUUCGAGUCUAUUGUAUCAUUUGGUGACUUUCAAUUAGAUCCGUAUCAACGCUUGAGGACAGGGAAUCCAAGGAGAUAACAUACGAAGUUUUCGGAAUCGAAUAAAUUAUCCAAAAUGGGUGGCGAAAAGAAAGGGAAUACUUGGAAAAAGAUGACGAUUAAGGAGAAAUGUUCACAUAUUUGGAAUAAUAUAACGGUGGAGCCCUUAUUAGCAUGUUAUAUUAUGCCAAGUGUAUUAGCUGGAUUAGCAACGCAAAAUUUGAAUUUGGAGAAAGCUUGUCGCGUUAAUAUGGCCUACGAUGAUGUCGUCUGCGAUGCAUUGGCUCGACGCGAGACAGCAAAUUAUACAAUGGAAGAGAAAGUCGUCCAACAGUUGGUUGCGCGGAUGGCAGGUUGGAAAACUGUGAUACAAAGUCUAAUCCCGUGUCUGCUGAUUUUAUUCUGGGGCUCAUGGAGCGACAGACAUGGAAGGCGCAAACCAUGCAUGCUUAUUCCCGUCAUCGGGGAGUUUUUGGCAACCGUCGGUCUUAUCAUGUGCACGUAUUUCAAGAGUCUUCCCAUGGAGGCAGCCGGAUUAGCGGAAGCCUUACCACCGGGGCUUACGGGUGGCUGGUUCACUUUGUUGAUGGGAGUAUUCAGCUAUAUCGCGGAUGUGACGACGGAAGAGGAACGAACCCUUCGGAUUGGCAUCCUGAAUCUGUGCUUUUCACUGGGGAUUCCCAUCGGAAUGGCAUUGAGUGGAAUAUUACUCAAAUACAUUGGCUUCUAUGGAAUUUUUUCGAUAUCAGCAACUCUUUAUUUGAUAGCCUUCUUCUACGGGGUGUUUUUGGUGAAGGAGCCCGUGCGGAAGAUGGAGAAGGAGAAGCAGCAACAAUUGGUGCCGGCGGUUGAAAAGAAUCUCAUUUUGGACUUCUUUGAUCGGAAGCAUGUUGUGGAGACGUUCAAGGUGGCAUUCAAAAAAGGCUCCCAUCAAAGGAGGCUUCGCGUUAUUAUGCUGAUUAUUGUAGUGAUGGUGGUGAUUGGACCCUUGCAUGGUGAAAUGGCAGUCACAUAUUUAUUCACCCGGUACCGUUUUAAUUGGAGCGAAGUGGAAUUCAGUUUUUUCUCGACAUAUGCAAUGAUUACCAAUCUAAUGGGGACGCUAUUUUCAGUGGGCGUUUUCUCACAUCUACUGAAAAUCGAUGAUGCAUUAAUCGGGGUCAUGUCAAGUAUGUCGAAGAUUUUAUCGAGUUUCGUUUAUGCAUUUGCAGUUACGGAUUGGCAACUUUACAUUGCACCAAUUGUGGAGAUUCUGAACGGAACAUCGUUCAUUGCAAUGCGAUCGAUUGCAUCGAAACUAGUGAACAGUAACGAACUGGGGAAAGUCAAUUCACUUUUCGGAGUUGCUGAGGCGUUAAUGCCACUUUUGUAUGCCCCAAUGUACACCAGCUUGUAUGCAGCCACACUGAACACCUUGCCCGGAGCGUUCUUUUUGCUUGGAGGUGCCCUUACCGCUCCAGCAGUUGUAAUUUUCUUAUGGAUGUACGGCAUCCACAAGAAAGACGAGAAACGGAAGGCCCUCGAGGCUAAAAAUAAUAACGAUAGUGAGAAGACUGACGAGAAAGGUGACAACGGACCAGCAAUUACCAACGAUGAAAGUGACAUUGAGAAGAAUAAGGUAAAUGGCGCCGUCAAAACUGCCGAUGGAGUGGACAACAAGGCCUUUGAGUCGGACGAUCAGAAUGGCAUAUUGAGUGAGGCAAUUGAUAUUGUCAAGGAUCUCCCAACAUUACACGUUGAACACUGUAAGCUGUGAUAUUUCCCAUAUAAAGUAGGUUUUUUGUUAGAUUUUAUUGAAUAAUUUUUAUUGUUUUUUAUCUGUCCGUAAUGAGAGAACUGUAAAAUAAAGAAUUUGCAAUAUCUAAUUAGCUUAAGUGCUUUGUGAAACUACUUGACUUGCUGAAGGAUCAUUCAAGUCGGAGCACCUCCCUCUCUCUAUAUUUUGCAAUAAAACACCAACUUCGCAUUCACUUUUAAUUUACGUUUAACUUAGAGUUACCUAGCUUGUACCUUAUUGACAAAAGUAUUAUAUUUGUAUCGCAGAUUUUGAUAAUAAAUUCGAUUAAUUUAAGGAAA